AUGAUGCGCUGCCUCGCCGCGCUGCUCGUCGCCCCCGUCGCGCGCGCCAACGUGUGCCAGCGCUACGACGGCGAUAAAGCGGCCUGCGAGAGCGCGGGCUGCCUCUCCGACGGCCUGUGCCGCUGGGAGUCGUGGUCCAACCUCUGCGAGGGCUACGAGGCCGGGGGCAUCAAAUGCGUCGACGGCGUCGCCGUCAUCAUCCACGCGCCCACGAUCGCCCCGUCGGCGCUGCCGUCGCCCGCGCCCACGCACCUGCCGCCGACGCUGACUUUAGCCCCGACGACGGGCUGCGAGGACGGCGAGGCGCCCUACCGGCUCGCGCUCUACGACUACGGCGAGGACGGCUGGGAGGGCGCGACCUACAGCGUGACCUCCGGCGACACGGUCGUCGCGACGGGGACCCUCGAGCGCGGCGGCGAGGGCGUCGACGGCUUCUGCCUGCUCGACGGGACCUACGAGCUGGCCUUCGGCGGCGGCGCCGACGACGCGGAGACGAGCGUCCAGUUCCUGCCCGCGGACGAGCAAUUGGUGACGGCCACGGUGGGCCCCGCGUCCUUCUCCUUCGUCGCGGCCGCGGGCGCCGUCGUGGACGCGGACGCGUC